AUGGAAGGACCAAGUAGAGAGGGGGAUGCCAUAAGAAAACUGAAAGGAGUGCAAGAGGAUGCUGUAGACCAUAAGAAAUUGAGGAGGCCAAAUACUACCUUGGGUAUCAUGGGCUUGGAAAAUGCUUGUUAUUGCUUUUCUGAAGGUUUCAAGCUGAUAUUAUUUUUGUGUAUUUCAGAAUGUGAAGAGUACAGCAAGUCAGUGUCAGAAACCAUUAAUGUCCUGCCCCUCUCGCUCAAUGCAGAAGCUGUGCCACUCAAAGUCCAGAAAUGUGAUUUCUCAGCUGUAAAACUAAUUGUUGGUGGUGAAGCUUCUGAGCUUGGAGAAUUUCCUCACAUGGCAGCAUUGGGGUUUCAAUCGUCAAACUCCCGGGACAUUGUGUGGAACUGUGGCGGCACUCUGAUCAGCGAACGCUAUGUGAUGACUGCUGGACACUGUGUCAACACUACAUUUGGGAAUCCUGUGAUUGUCCGUCUCGGAGAGUACAACCUGGCGAGAGAUAACGAUGGCGCUGAUCCUGUGGACUACCCUAUAGAGAGGAUUAUCGCACACCCUAACUACUUCAAAUCGCUCAAGUACAAUGACAUCGCUCUUAUCAGACUCCGCCGAUCCGUCAGGUUCACCAAGUCCAUCCGCCCGGCCUGUCUGCCCACUGAUAACUCUAUCAGAGGCACACCCAUGGCCACCGGUUGGGGCCGCACUGACUUUGUGGGCAAGCUGAGUGACAUCCUCAUGAAGGUGAGCCUGAAUAUUAUUAACAACCAACAGUGCAAUUCCUUCUAUAGCAGCAACAACCCUGGAUCAUCAUCGUUUUCCUCGGGCAUCAUUGACACCAUGCUGUGUGCUGGGGUGGUAGAAGGUGGCAGGGACACAUGCCUGGGUGAUUCAGGGGGUCCUUUGUCGAUCACAAAGAAGGACAACCCUUGUGUUCACUACGUCGUUGGAAUCACCUCUUUCGGGAAAAUAUGCGGAGCCCCCCACUCACCCGGGGUGUACACAAGAGUGUUCAAGUACCUGACUUGGAUAGAGAGGACAGUGUGGCCCAGUGAUACAUGAAUCAUAGCAAGGUCUUGUUGAACCACGCUGAGCAACUUGUAUAGCGAGUUCCAACAGGUUCUACACCCUGGAGUCCUGUUUGUGGGUUGAAAAGACCUUAGGAACACAAAUUAGUCAUGUCUUGCCAUAUGAGUUAGUUUUACUAAGUCAAUCAAUUAACAAUAACGAAUGUGCCAAUUAAAGUUAAAUAUGCUAACAGUAAAGAUUACGAAGACAAUGUUUUCUUUAUUGUGUGGCUUAAGUUUCAUAAUGAGAGAAUAAGGGCGUUCCGUAACAGUAUUGAAAUUAAUCUGUGUGAUCCGUAACAAGUAUUGAAAUUAAUCUGUUUGAUUUGCUUGGUAUUAAAAUUUAUCAAAUGUUGAGAUUCUCUCUCACUUACUUUUACAAUUUGAAGUAAUCAUUACUUUGGGCUUAAUAAUAAGAGUUAAGUUGUAUUGCAAAUUUAAGGAGAAACAUAAUGUUGUUGGAGGUUUUACAGAGGCCAUGUGAGAACAAUACAUACUUCAUUACUGAAAACCACAUUCACUUCGGACUUCAAUUCACGUCCACAACUCAUCUAAUUCAAGAUGGAUAAUUCAGUAUAAGCAUAUUAAUAAAAAUUAAACUGUUAUUGUGUAUGUGUUAUUUAUGUAUUUGUGUAUGUUUUUAUGUUCAUUGAUAGCCAUAAAACAUUUUUAAAUGUGGUAUUAUUCCUAACUUAGCUUAGAACAUCAAAAUGAAACAAAGUUAGUGUUAAUUGUAUUUAUUCUUUUAUAUUUUUACACCUAAAAAGUAUUUUUAUAAUGUAUAGAAAUAAUAAUUAGACCUGUUGAUUAAAACAUAUUUAUAAAUGACUUGAA